ACCAUGAACUCGGUAGUGAAACUACCAGAGUCAUUAGUAACGCCCUUUUUGAGACGUCAAUCAUGGGAAUUUGACUCGAGUGCCCGAUCAGACCCGACAGCAAUUCAAAUUUCCGCUCCGAGAUUCGUCCGCGCCAAUCGAGCCAUCCAUUUCCCUGCUUUUCGAUAUGGCUGGAGACAGCGGCCCUCACAUGGACACCGAUUCGCGUAAGCCACGCCACCCGAAUUUGGUGUUUAUGGAUGAGGAGGGAGGCUUAAGAUUCUGGGUUCAUCCAAGCCUCCCUGAAAGGCCAGAAAUCACUGAUCGAAUCGAGCGCCAUGGUGGAAAAGUAGUGGAUAGCAUUCGCCCUGCGUACUUAGCCAUCACAGAUGACGAGUUCUGCGACAAUAAAGAACUACGCGAACAUCCUCUCCGCACAAUAGGAGUGAUGCCGCAAUGGGUUCAGGACUCAAUUGAUGCGGGUAAGAUUCAAGACUUUGAGGAUUAUUUGGUGGUAUACCAUCGACCCGAUACCGAGGAGGGUGCAUCGGGAAUAGAAAGCUCGCCUGAAAACGAGCUCAGAGCAGGAACCGUCAUGGAGGUUGACGGAGGUGACGACAACGGCUCGGAUCCCGAUCGCUCUUCCAACGAGGACAGUGACUGGGUGGUUCAAGCAGCGAAAGACUUCUUCUCUGACUCGCCCAGAGCCACCUUGGAAAGCUUCUACCGUUGGUGCGCAAAUAAACGGAAGCAUCGUUCAGAGGAUUAUUGGAAAAAAUUCAUUAAGGAAGUCAGAUGAACCUCCCACUACGACGAAACAGAGAUUCAGCAAAUUUCCCAGGGGUUGGUCCGAGAAAUUACGGGACGAGAUGGUGUCG